AUGGAGAUUGGUAUCAUUAUAAGAGAUGAAGAAGGAGAGGCUUUGGUGGCUGAGUGUGAUAUCAAGAAUAAUGUGGUAAAUGCAGCUGUUGCAGAAAGUUUGGCCUUGAGAAAAGCAGCUGAAUUGUGCUCAGAUCUCAACAUUCAAAAAGCUAUCUUUGAGGGCGAUGCAAAGGAAGUAGUUGAGGCUGUACUGAGUGAGAAAGAAGCUGUUCUUGACUUUAGUUCUAUCAUCGAUGAUGUUAAGUUUGACUUCAGAAAUAGGACACAUUGGUUUAUUCAAUUUGCUAGUAGGAAAAAGAACACAAUAGCUCAUAUUUUAACAAAGAAAGCUUUAGAGAUACGAAAAGAAAUAGUUUGGAUAGAAAAGGUCUUGGAAUUCACUAUGGGAUGCCUUCUUAAUGAUACAAGUUGUAAAACGUAA